AAAUUACUUCAUUGAUACGGAACAGCAAUGAAGACAAUUCUCUGCAUUGUUAUGUCAGUUGUUUAUUUGGCUUUAGCCACGGACAAACAGUAUCCUGAUUCCUGCUCGACUGCCACGGCAAGUGGCAUCUACAAGAUACAAGUCGGGGAUCAAAUUUUAUCCGUUUAUUGUGAAGCGGGUUACGAAGGCAAUCCUUGGUUGGUCAUUCAACGUCGUUCGGAUAUCUCGGUGAACUUCUACAGGAAUUGGGCAGCUUAUAAACAAGGAUUCGGAGAGCUGGACAAGAGCUUCUUCAUUGGACUGGAUACGCUGCACUUGCUGACCACAUCGCAACCACACGAACUCUACGUUCAUCUGCAAGAUUUUGAGGGACAAACGCGUUAUGCUAGCUAUGAUCUGUUUGCCAUUGGAAGCGAGGCAGAUUCGUAUAGUCUGAACACUUUGGGAAACUAUUCGGGAACAGCUGGCGAUGGACUCAAAUUUCAUCAGUACGUGAAAUUCUCAACCUAUGAUCGGGAUAAUGAUGACUCUGUCAGGAAUAGCGCUGUCGAUUACACAGGUGCUUGGUGGUACAAGACAACGCAUUACAGUAAUUUGAAUGGACUUUACUUGAAAGGAGACUUUGACAUAGAUCAAGUCGGUCGGGGUAUAACUUGGUAUCACUGGCGUGGCGAUCAAUAUAGUUACAAAGAAGUGCACAUGAUGAUACGACCAAAGAAAUAAAUUUAGUGAAUUUCAAAAA